AUGGCUGCUUCAUGGUGCAAAGAUUCCCCAAUACUCAACAAGAUCCGUGGAUGUAUCUUGCUUGUUGUGAUAGUAGUGACUCUUGUUAUAGCCAUCGGGUUCACCCUUUGGUUCAUAGGCAGCUAUGUUGAUUCAAAGUCCGGUCCGCAGACACAACCUCUUGUGCUGCGUUUGGAUGUAUUCUCUUUAUCAAAUUUUGAGGUUUCCAAUUCAUCGUUAUCUGCCGAAUGGGAUGCCAAAAUGACAUUUGGGAACCAAAACAGUGGCCUAACUGUUACCAUCUAUCCUUUCGAGAGUUUCGUGUACUACAAAGAAGGUGAAGACGCUUUGUCGUGUGCUUUAGUGGAUGCAAUGCAUAUUCCUCCGAGAAAACAGAAGACAGUGCAGAUCAAGUUUGAUUCUACAGGCUGUGGAGGGGAGCAGCCAUUUAUCGAGGAUCGUGUGCUGAAGGAGCUAAGUGAAGACCGAAAAAGUGGUUACCUGAAUUUCAGUUUGAAGAUGAAUAUAGAUGCUUCGUAUAGUAUGAGGGAGUUGUUGGGAAUGGGAACACAAGUGAGUUUAAAUCCUAAUUGUACAAAUUUGAAGAUUGAGUUAGCGGCUGCCAAAGGUGAGGGGAAGAUAACUGGGGGAAGGAAGUGUUCGGUUCCAUUGCCUAAUUGA